AUGUUUGAUCUGCCUUCAGCCCAUCUUCAUGCGGGCGUUGAUCCAGAUACCCGAGCAGCAUUUGCAGCACACCUGCAUGCAACACCCAACAAGCGACGCGUGUCUCAGGCAGAGCAAGAGACGCUGGUGCACUGGUUGACCAGUGCAUGUUGUAAUAGUGGUACGAGUAGUACUACGAUAUGUCCGUUCAAACCUCUGUCGCAAAAAGAGUUCAGCCGCCGCCACUACGUGAAGAAGAGCUUUGUUUGGGAUAAGGACCAGGAGGCUCUGGUUGCGAUACCGCGCGGAGGCAGUGGGAGAGAGCGGCGAGUCGUGCUCGAAGAUGCCAUUCCCGAUAUUGUGGCAAAGGUGCACGAGCAAAACGGGCAUGCAGGAUGGGAUGCCACCUGGCGAGACGUCAGCAAGGCAUAUUAUGGCAUUCUGCGUGCCGAUGUCAUCUUCUUGUUGAAGCUGUGCUCUACGUGUGCACAGAACCCCCGCAAACAGCCCAAGAACAGAGCGACAGCAGUGCAAGACUUGGUCGAUGUGCAGCCAUCAGCUUAUGACGACGACAUUUCUUGGGCGCUCAAUGAGCACCCCCUUGGCAGUUUAUUACUGUUCGACAACACGGAUGAACAGGCUCCAUGA